AAGAAAAAGGAGGCUCCUGCUGUGCCAGAAACCCUUAAGAAAAAGCGAAAGAAUUUCGCAGAGCUUAAGAUCAAGCGCCUGAGAAAGAAAUUUGCCCAGAAGAUGCUUCGAAAGGCAAGGAGGAAGCUUAUCUAUGAAAAAGCUAAGCACUAUCACAAGGAAUACCAGCAGAUGUACAGAACUGAAAUUCGAAUGGCUAGGAUGGCAAGAAAAGCUGGCAACUUCUACGUACCCGUGGAACCCAAAUUGGCAUUUGUCAUCAGGAUCAGAGGUAUCAAUGGUGUGAGCCCAAAAGUUCGAAAUGUGUUGCAGCUUCUUCGCCUCCAUCAGAUUUUCAAUGGCACCUUUGUGAAGCUCAACAAGGCUUCAAUUAACAUGCUGAGAGUUGUGGAACCAUACAUUGCAUGGAGGUACCCAAACCUGAAGUCAGUAAAUGAAUUGAUCUACAAGCGUGGUUAUGGCGAAAUCAACAAGAAGCAAAUUGCCCUGAUGGAUAACGUGUUGAUUGCUCGAUCUCUUGGCAAAUACAGUAUUAUCUGCAUGGAGGAUCUGAUUCAUGAGAUCUAUACUGUUGGAAAACGUUUCAAAGAAGCAAACAACUUCCUGUGGCCCUUCAAAUUGUCUUCUCCACGAGGUGGAAUGAAGAAAAAGGCUACCCAUUUUGUAGAAGGUGGAGAUGCUGGCAACAGGGAAGACCAGAUCUACAGACUUAUAAGGAGGAUGAACUAAGGUAUCUACCAUGAUUAUUUUUGUAAUCUGGUCAGUUAAUAAACAGUGACUGCUUUCAAAUUGAAAA